CAUUUGUGGAUUUGUCAUGUUUUUCGUAAACUGUGCUAAACUCAUGCGAACUCUUCGUCGUUCUCCAAACUAUCUUAUAACCCAAUUGUCUGGGCGUACGGCGAGCAUCGAGCAUUUUACACUCAGUCCUCCUUUCACAUGUCGCUGUCUCUUCGCUUUUAUGUCUCAAGGCAUCAUAGAAUUAGUCAACAGCUGUUAAAAAGGACUUUUUGUGUAGAAAGUAGUUCAAGAAUUCCAAGAAGUGAAGAAAACGACACCUUUUCAACGCACAAUGUAGAGACAGAAGCGCCAACAACAAGCACACACAAGAAUAAUGUGGAGGAUUCUGUUCCUUUCUAUCGUAAUCGCCCUGGUAUUCAACCACUCGAAACACCAGUUGGUACUUUUAAUAAGCAACAAGUGAUUCCUAACGAGAUUCACGUAAGCCAUCUUCCUCAGGAUAUAUCACGUUCAGAACUUGCUCAGCAUUUUGGUCGCUUUGGAGAAAUCACUGCACUUACCUUGACCAGCACUGGUAUUCAGGAGAAGAAUAUAUAUGCUGUCAUUAGGUUCAAAGAUAUUCGUUCUUGUGAUGCAGCUUUAUCUCUAGAUGGCAAAUUGUUAGGUACGAAGACCUUAUCGGUAAGGAGAAAUAUGAAUGCGUUGUUUUUAGCACGCAUGCAUGAGAGACUCCGAACCAUUCGUAGACGAAGUAGAGAAUCAAAUGAGUAGUAAUGAUAUGAUUAUUAUAGUUGUUUUCUUUUGCAACUAUUCCGUCGAAUUUUCCUUUUUCAACCUAUAGUAGUUGGUGGUGGAAGGAGGGAAUAGUAAUAAGAAUAUAGGUAUCGGAAGUGAUCUGUUGAAGAGAUAAAGUAGUAUGUUCCUUUUGAAUGAAAUGUUUCUAUCUUUU